AUAUUAAUGGUCAAACUUGUGCAUUGCCAAACGUGAAAAGUGGACCGUUGCAUUUAAAAAACAGCGAAGGAAGUAUAUAUAUAGGGGAUGGUUCAAAUACAAAGAGGUGUUCCCAUGAAAAGUGAGAUUUAAUCUCAUGCAUUCAUUUUCAGAUCUAAUGGCUCAAAUUGAGCCAAAAGUGAACUAAAUUUGAUCAAAAACGCGGUGACAAUUUUGUAAUUAAAGUGAAGUUUUUUGUCACCGCGAAAAGUGCAACAGAAACACGCAAAAGUGCAACGCGGCAAGGAAAAAGUGCAAAUGUUCGCACUUUGCACGAGAGAACAUCUUUUUAUUUGAUAUCUGGGGAUGGUUCAAAUACAAAGAGGUGUUCCCAUGCAAAGUGAGAAUUAAUUUCGUGCAUUCAUUUUCAGAUCUAAUGGCUCAAAAUGAGCCAAAAGUAAACUAAAUUUGAACAAAAACGCAGUGGCAAUUUCGUAAUUAAAAGUGAAGCGUAUAGCACGCGGUGGAAAACUGUCAAAUAAGUUCAUCUACUUUUAUCAAAAAGUCAAUUGAGUCCUUCUACUUCAAAAUGAUUCAAUUGAGUCCACAAAGUCCUAAAAAUAGCCAAAUUAGCUUAUUAACCGGUAAUGAACCGGUAACCAACCGCACACCUACGUGGAAGUCCACUUAGAAUUAUUUUACUGUUUUCUGUUUGUUUUACGGGGGUGUCCCCAAUGUGGAUUUUAAUGGAUUUUAAAAGAUUUUAGAAUUUCAUCACAAUCUGGGUGUCCUCAAUUUGGAGUUCAAUAGAUUCAAUUAAAAUAUGGGUGUUCUCAAUAUUUUCAUGGAUUUCAAUUAUUAUUUGUUAUAAUGGAUUUUAAAGGUUUCUAGUGGAUUUCUAUGCAUAAAACAUUCCAUCCAAAAUAUCUUCUAACCCCUUGGGAUUUCAAAAUCCAUCUCAUCGUUCGUUACAUACGCAUAACAGCUCUCCCGUGGAGAAGCAAAACAAAUUAACAAACGGACUUUCCAGAGCUUACUUGUAAAAUAAUCUGUCACUCUCCAGAGCUUACCUGCACAACAAGCGGACUCUCCACAGUGGUCCACUAUAUCAUAUCAUUGCAUUGUCCAUGCUUGAAAGGAAUCUGUCACUCUAAUGCUUGAUGGGUUAUGCUCUCUAAUCAGAGUGGUCCACUAAAAUGCGUAGCUGAUUAUGAAUCUCUUGGCUCUUGCGAAAGACAUAAAUGCUUGAUGGGUAUUGACGUAUUGUUCGAUAUGCCAAGACUUGUGAGGAUGACACCGGCAACCUAGAUCCGCCGCCCCUUUUCUUCUUCGGCUGUGGAAGCUGUAUUGCUAAAACCUAAUGUACGGACUGUUGAGAAUCAAACAGGAUUUCAAUUUCAAAUUACACGGAUUGUAUACAAUUCCAUUAGAAUUUCGUUGACUCUAUACAAUUCCAUAAAAAUACACAAAAAUCUUAAUCCUUUAAAAUCCAUUAAAAUCGGGACACACUUUUUCUCUCCCUACCAACCCUGCGACCAUAUCCACCCGCACUACCCUUUCCUCCAUUUCCGCCGGGCGCCGCCCUGACUAUCAUAUCCACCGCUUCCUCCACCUCUGACCCAUAGAACCAGUCGUCACGCUCUUUUUCCUCUGUCCUCUCCCACCGUCCUGUCCGUCCACUGCCGCGAGAAGAUGAUGCCAGACUGCUGGAAUUCCAGAACAACUACUCUGGGAUGUUCAAAGCUCUGGAGAAAGAAUUCACCGAUAACGGUAAGAUCGGAUUGAAUGAGCCAACAAUCAGGCGGCUUUCAAUUUCUUGUCAUGUUCACUCUAUGUCUCUAUGGCAUCAAUUCUGCAUCGAUGAAGCGUCGGAUGCGUCAAGGUCAUCGGAAAAUGGGUACUGUUCAAUCUCCAUCCUGUUUUCUGUAUUAAGCCUCAUACGACAGCCAACCCCUGCCUGGCCACCUCAUCCCUAUUAUCCGGAAAGAGGGUUUAAUACAUCAAACCCCCUCGUGAUAUAGAUAUUUAGCGCGUUAAACUCCUGUGAUUUGAAAAAUGCAUCAAACUCUUUUGUGUUUUAAUUAAUCAUGUACAAAACCUCUUUUAUGAAUAAAUUUAACGAUUUGGAAAUCACUUUUCCUAAUAUUUUGAUUGAAUAUGCAAGUAAAUAUGUCAAAAUCUCUAAAUCAUAUAAAAAUGUUAAUCAAUUUUCUUUCAUUUGACAAUUGAAUCUAUUCAUAAAAGGGGUUCUGUGCAUAAUUAAUGAAAACACAGGGGGGUUUGAUGAAUUUUACCGAGUAAAAGAGACCCAAAAGUGAAAGGAGCAGAGGCCUGGACUCUGGAGUUGUACGAUACUAUGGAGAGGGGAGGGGAAGAAAGAAAGAGAAAAGCAAAUAUGUAGUAGAAAAGAAAAAGUAAAAAAAUGGAAAACUCUAAAAAAAAUUACUGGCUCAUUACCGGUGAAAAGGCCAAUUUGGCUAUUUUUUAACACUUUGUGGACUGAAUUGAUUCACUUUGAAAUAUAUGAACUUGAUUAACUCUUUAGUAAAAGUAGAUGGACUUAUUUGACAGUUUUCCCAUAUAUAUAUAACACUUAAACAUUGAAGGAUAGUUUGUGCUAGUUAGGGGUGGACAAGGUCUCGAGUCUCGACCCCGGGACCGGAUAUCAUGAUCGUGAAUUGUGAUAUCCAGUUCCAGGUUGGGGGAAAGCACCGGAUAGGCCGGGUACCGGUCCCGCUUGCUCAUUUUCGAGAUCGUGACUGACUGGUCCGGUCCUGAUUCUGUCCCUAUGUGUAUUUCUUUUGCUUUCCCCCUUUUCCUAUUGGUAAGUUAAUAUAGUUGUUAGUUGUUGGGGGACAUUGGAGUCUCUUGGGGCUCUUAAUUAGAUCGUUGUAGAGGUAGGGGGUUUAAAAUAAAUUUCUACAAAUGCCUCUUAAUUUUCUCGUUUUCCUAUAGGGUAAUCUCGUCUUUAACUUAUUUAAUAUUAUUCAUACUAGUAUCUCACCUGUGCGUUGCACGGGAGGUUAUUUUCGAUUUUAAUGUGCAAGUGAGAAGGUCCAUCGAUGCAUCGGAUUUGAACUCAAACUUAACUUAGACCUAUGUCUUUCAAAAGGUCCGAGUCCACAAAUAAUAUAUUUAAUUAAUUUUUAUUUUUAUUUAGGAUUUUAUUUAAUUGAGGACUCAAAAGAUAUCUUUACUGUUAAUCAAGUGCAUGAAAGAUAAAAAUAUAUCAAUUUGGGGGCAGAUUGAAAUAAAAUUGCCAGGCAAAGACCUAAUAAAUCAUAAAUAAUGAUUCAUUAUUAUAAAUUUCGAUGCAUAUUCGAUGCCAUUUUUCCUUCAUUUGCAAUGAAUCCAAGGACUCACUAUUUUUUGGUUUGGGAAUAUGAUGGAAUAAAACAAAAUGUCUCACUAAACUGUCUGGGUUUCUUUGUUAUGAAGCAGCAGUCAGUCUAUGCAAUUUUCGACGCAAUUUUCACCAUGGGUCAUCCGGAAACAGUCUCUUUGUACUGUAAUACAGAGGUAAGGCUGCGUACAUCCGACCCCCUACCCCACCGUAAGUGGGAGCCUUUGCGACACUGGGGUAAUGAUGAAGAAAAGAAUUGGAUGCCAUGUCUUAUAUAUUACUUAAAAUAAAUAAAAAAUCAUUUGAUUUGUAUUAGACCCAAUGACAAAGUGUGGGUUUUUAAAUUUAACAAAAUGUCUAUCUGGAUACAAAUCAAGCCACAAUUCUAUAUAUAACAUGACAUUUGGAAGUGCUACACUUGUUCUUGUCCUAAUUAGUUAAAAGAAAAAAUCACCGGUGAAGACCAAACAUGGUAUUCUCUGAUGUAUGUCUCUGUUUUCCAAUACAAACACGAUUUAGUCAAGAUAAAAGAUUAAUCCGACAUCAAUGAAUAAUGCCUCAAGAUCCGUGUUGGAUCGAUUCACCCCUUUUGACAAACUUCCCAAUGGGUCACCUAUCCUUGGGUUUUCUUACCCCGAGCUCACUUAACUGCAGAGUUCUGUGAUUAAAUAGCAGUCAUAUCUUUCUUAAAACCAAUUGAUAAUAAGGAAGUGAACACCCUCUAUUUAACCCAUUACUCUAUAGUCACUAAGUCAAGGUAGAUUCAUGUGGGGCACCCACCACAGUUUACUACGGCAGUGCAUAGCCCCAAUACUGAGCACUGGAUGG